GACUCGGAGCCGAGCGGCCGCAGGGAGAGCGCGGAGGGGAGGGGGGCGGGAGGGGGGUGGGGGAUCCCCGAGGCCCCGAUUCUGCCGGGAGGGCCCGGAGCCGGCGCCGGGCGGCCCGGCCCGCCGCCACUUGCCCAGACCCGCUGCAUCCCGCGCCCGGGAAGGAAGGAGCCAACGGCCGCGCCCCUGCUCGGCCUCCGCGGGCCGCGCCUGCCCCGCUCGGUGCCCCCCGGAGCCGGGAUCCCCCAGCGUCGCCCCCCACGUCCGCUCGCAGCGCCCGGCUUCGGCCCAGGAGCGCGCAGCCGGGGUGCUGGGGAUAGAACGGCGAGCAAGAGACCCGGACCCUUGUUCCCGCUGAUCCCGCAGCCCCCCCACAGUGGAUGGAGCCCCCCGCCCCCAGACCGGCCAGGAAAGAAAAACAUUUUUCCCGCCGCGUGGCCCGAGCGGGGCGUCUCCCGUGGACUGAGGAAUGUCUGGCUCUUCCUCAGCUCAAUGACCUGUGUGGUGACCCCAAGAAGAAGAGGCCUGAGGUCUACAAGUUGCUUCUGAAACGGCUUUUGCCUUUCGAAAAACGCAAUGCAACUUCCACACAAGUUUGUGAGGGCCCUGGGCGCAUGCUGAGCGCGCGCGAGCCGGCGCGCCCUUUGCUCGGGUCCUGGACCCGGGCCGCUGCCAUAGCAACGGCCUGGACGCCCAGCCCUUGAGCCGCCGCCGCCGCCGCCGCCGCCGCCGCCGCCGCCGCCGCCGCCGCCGGGGACCCUUCCGCUCCCUCUAGCGAGGGCUGGGGCGGCGGCGGCCCGGGCCGGGGAGACGAGACCGCCCGCUCCUCCGCCUGCAGUCGCUUCCAAAGAUGCCCUUCCAGAAGCACGUCUACUACCCGCUGGCCAGCGGCCUCGACGGUGCCGACGUCCCCGCGGCCGCGGCGGGCGCCGCCUCGCUGGCCAGUGCCGCCGCGUCCAGCGCGGCCGCCGUGGGCCCGCUGCCCUUCUUCCAGUUCCGCCCGCGCCUGGAGAGCGUGGACUGGCGGCGGCUGAGCGCCAUCGACGUGGACAAGGUGGCGGGCGCCGUGGACGUGCUCACGCUGCAGGAGAACAUCAUGAACAUCACCUUCUGCAAGCUGGAGGACGAGAAGUGCCCACACUGCCAGUGCGGCGUGGACCCGGUGCUGCUGAAGCUCAUCCGCCUGGCGCAGCUCACCAUCGAGUACCUGAUGCACUCGCAGGACUUCCUGACGGCGCAGCUGCGCCAGCUGGAGGAGCGGCUGCGCCUGAGCCUGGCCGACGGCGAGCAGAGCAAGCAGCUCCUCUCCAAGCAGGCUGGGGACAUCAAGUCCCUCAAGGAAGAGUGUAAGCGCCGGAAAAAGAUGAUUUCUACCCAGCAGCUGAUGAUCGAGGCCAAAACCAGCUAUUACCAGUGCCACUUCUGUGACAAGGCCUUUAUGAACCAAGCGUUUCUACAGAGCCAUAUUCAGCGCCGCCACCCUGAAGAUCCUCACCUCGGGUAUAAGAAAAGGGAGCAGACGGACAGGCUCCAGAACGAGGUGGACAUGUUGAAGGAGCAGCUGCAGCUGACCAGGACCCAGCUGGAGGCUGCCCAGCACGCGCACGCGGUCAGGUUCUCCAAGGAAUAUGAAUUGCAAAAAGCAAAAGACCAGGAAUUUUUGAAGCUAUUUGAUCAAUGGAAAGAAGAAGAAAAGGAGAAACUAGUAGAUGAAAUGGAAAAAGUUAAGGAAAUGUUUAUGAAGGAGUUUAAAGAAUUAACUUCCAAGAAUUCAGCAUUAGAAUUUCAAUUGUCCGAAAUCCAGAAGUCCAAUAUGCAGAUCAAGUCCAACAUAGGCACGUUGAAAGAUGCGCACGACUUUAAAGAGGAGCGGCCCCAGCACCCCCAGGACUUCCAGAACGUCAUGCAGCUGCUGGACAGCCAGGAAAGCAAGUGGACUGCCCGGGUUCAAGCUCUCCAUCAAGAACACAAGAAGGAGAAGAGCCGGCUCCUGUCUCACAUAGAGAAGCUGCGAACCUCCAUGAUCGACAACCUCAAUGCCAGCAACGUUUUCUAUAAGAAGCGGAUCGAGGAGCUGGGGCAGCGGCUGCAGGAGCAGAACGAGCUCAUCGUGUCCCAGCGGCACCAGGUACCGGCUGCGCCCGCGGCCCCGGCCUCUUUCCCGGCGCCACCCACGGCCCCCGAAGGCCUGUCUGGUUUUAUUAAAGAGUUCUCCAGUAAGCCGUUCAGCAGUGGCACUGAAUUCAAAGGGACUUCUUCAAACUGGCAGCCCUUUGAACCGAAGCUAACUGCCCCGACUAUACCCAUGCCCGCCCCGGUCCCACAGACUGUGGACGUGAAGCCAAGUCUGACCGUGGCACAUGAGCAGACAUUCUCAUCACACAUACUGGAACCAAUAGAAGAACUUUCAGAAGAAGAAAAAGGAAGGGAAAAUGAGCAGAAGUUAAGUAACAACAAGAUGCAUUUAAGAAAGGCUCUGAAGAACAACCCCACCCUCACCAAGGAAAUAAGAACAGUGCUGGAACAGAGCUUGGUGGAGAAAUUGGAGUCCCUGGGGAUUAACGCGGGCGUCCGGGGCAUCCCCACCGACCACCUGAACAGAGUGCUGAGGGCCGUGGAGGCGGCGAGGCUGGAGCGAGAAAGGCAGAUCCCGAACAUCCAGCAGAUCCGGGAGCUCCUGGAACAUCAGGUCAGCUGCAAAAUUGAGGAGAGAGCCUCGCUGUCUUCCGAAAGGCAAUGGAGGCACGUGAGUGACACCGCGGCGGCCGUCCACGGGGCUGAGAAGCACAGCGUCUCCCAGACGGACACCGUGUCCACGGGGGAGAUCCCCAGGGCGGCACCGCCAGCGCCCAGGAGCCGACCGCUGCUUAGACAGAGGCCCGUGUUCUCGGAUCGGACGGCCGUCCCCAAAGUUCCUAAGAAGACGAGCACAGAAGAUCUUAUUCCCAGGAAGUCUUCGACCUUGACGACCCCUCCCUUCAGCUCCGAGGAGGACCUGGACGGUGACGACGACCUGAUCCAGGCUUACGUGUCCCCGGUAGCCGUGAUGGUGCAGCCCGCCAACGCCACCAGCAGCCACUUUGGAAAGAAUGUGGUGAAGAGUGACACGGACUGGACAGAAGGCAGCGAAGUGGAUGACUCAGACCUGUCCCCCAAGCCCACGGGAACCUCCAUUAAGAUACAAACCGAAAGUGUUGAGAAGAUGCCUUCUAAUCACCGGAAUUUGAACAAGCCCGCUGGUGGGAUUGGUAUUGCCGACAUGUUCAUGAGGAAAGAAGUGAAAGAAGAUCUCAAGUGUGCAGACGUGGAGGAUGACGACUGGGACAUAUCGUCCCUAGAGGAAGAGAAGUCCCUGGGGCAGAGACCUGGGAAAGAUCCCGUGGAACCUCGACUUAUCAAGAGUGACCCAAAUCCCAUGCAAGUGCCAAGUGCCUGGGGCCCCCCGAACCCCAAAGGAGCCAAGGAAGAAGGACUUCUAGGGGAAUCCAAGAGCAGCUUAGUCACUGUGACUGAUUGGAGUGACUCCUCCGACGUGUGACCGUGAGCGCAGGCACCGCCAGCUCCUGGCCAGCCGGGCCAGCAGCGUCCAGCAGCGUCCAGCAGCGCAGGACAGCACGUGGCCGCGCCACCCCGCCGCUCCUGCCUUACGGAUGCCCCCGCGGCCAACGGGAGGCCAGGGCGAAGCCCGAGAGUCUCUGACGGAACCCCAUAAUACAGUAUUUGAAGUAUUUUGAAGCAUAUAAAGGUGUUUAAAACUUAACGCUGCUUAAUACCGUGUCACUGAUAAAAAACAAAAACAAAAAGUCUUUCCUUCAGAACGGUACUUUAGUGUUUUAAGUGUAUUUCUUUUCAAUUAAUUUUAAGUGAACUUAAAUUUCCUUUAUUUUUCAUACAGGUGUUAAUUUGAGUUGACUCUUUUUUUUUCAUUCCCCCGCUACCCCCAUUAUCUUAGAUUCGUUGUCCCUAGGAGGCAUUUCAUUCUAAAAUUCCAUUCAUCUCCUUAAAAGCGAAUUCAUGGAAAUCAGUGAAAUCUUAAAAGUAGAUUGGUUAUUUGUCACAUAGAAGUAAGUUUAGAAUUUUAAAACUAUAGCAAGGCCCAUAUUACAUUUUCCCAGAACUCUCUUUGCCACUUGCAACAUUUAACCAUUGUAAGCAUGUUAUUAUUAAACAAUUAUUUUAAAGCUUUGACUGCAAUUUUGGCAGCACCAUCUCUACCUUGGACAUUUCAUGAAAUGUAGCUAUUUUAACGGUAUGGAUAGAAAAAAGGGAAUCAUUGCUGAAUUCUUACAUGUGUCUGAAUGUUUUUCGCUUUUCUUAAAUGCCCAAUCAGAUUAUGAGAUACCUCAAAACUAAUUUGGUUCUGUUCUUAAUAAUGACAUUGCCGAUAGUCAAAAAUGUCAUGUAAACCUGGGUGGGGGAUGUCGAGGAGGAUCCAGCAUUUUUAAAAAUACUUUUCGUACUCUCUGUACUCUGUUUCCCUUCCAAAAAACCCAAAAGAUUCCCUUUUAAUGAAAUGGUUGGUUGGGUGUGAGAUCUCCCUUAUCUCUUCAUGUCAACUUUUCAAGUAAACGUCCAUGAUAUCCUCUCGA